GGGGAGCAGCACCAGGCGCAGGCUGAUCGCCUCUAACACCCAGACAUCAUGGGGAAGCUAGUGGUGCUGACUGUGCUGGGGGCCAGCUUGGCCUUAAUAGGGGAGAGGCUUCUGACAUUUAGAGAAAGAGUUACCACAUCGCGAGAAAUAAAGUCCACAGAACCGAAGAACUGCCACCUGAUUGAAGGACUCGAGAAUGGCUCUGAAGAUAUUGAUAUACUUCCUAGUGGGCUGGCUUUUAUCUCUACUGGUUUAAAAUAUCCAGGCAUGCCAAACUUUGCACCAGACAAACCAGGAAGGAUUUUUCUGAUGGAUCUGAAAGAGCAAAACCCAAAGGCACAAGCACUGGAAAUCAGUGAUGGCUUUGACAAGGAGUCACUGAAUCCACAUGGGAUCAGCACCUUCAUUGACAAAGACAACACUGUGUAUCUUUAUGUCGUGAAUCAUCCUCACAUGGAUUCCACUGUGGAGAUAUUUAAAUUUGAAGAACAGCAACGUUCUCUCAUCCACUUGAAAACUAUAAAACACGAACUUCUCAAGAGUGUGAAUGACAUUGUGGUUCUUGGGCCAGAGCAGUUCUAUGCUACAAGAGAUCACUACUUCACCAGCUACUUCUUGGUACUUCUGGAGAUGAUCAUGGACUUUCACUGGACUUACGUUCUUUUCUACAGCCCAAGGGAGGUCAAAGUAGUGGCCCAAGGAUUUAGCUCUGCCAAUGGAAUCACAGUCUCACUAGACCAGAAGUAUGUCUAUGUAGCUGAUGUAAUAGCUAAGAAUAUCCACAUAAUGAAAAAACAUGAUAAUUGGGAUUUAACUCAAGUGAAGGUCAUUCAACUAGGCACCUUAGUGGAUAACUUGACUGUGGACCCUGCCACGGGAGAUAUUUUGGCAGGAUGCCAUCCUAACCCCAUGAAGUUAUUGACCUACAACCCUGAGGACCCUCCAGGGUCAGAAGUACUACGCAUCCAGGAUGCUUUGUCAGAUAACCCUAGGGUGAGCACACUCUAUGCCAACGAUGGCUCUGUGCUUCAGGCCAGCACUGUGGCUUCUGUGUACCAUGAGAAAAUGCUCAUAGGCACUGUGUUCCACAAAGCUCUGUAUUGUAAACUCUAGAUCUUUCUCAAAAAUCUUCAUAAUUUUCAUAUUUGGCAAAAGUAAAAUUAUGAUUGUAUGCUAAAUGGAACUAUAAUUAUUUGCAAUUACUAGGGAAGUGUGUUUGACUUUUCUUAUGGAGAAAAGGAAAGGAGGACAGAAACUUGUAUCUACUAAAUCAAGAGUCAAGUUAAUGUUGAGCCAAACAGAAACCCAUAUAUACUGCUUUGUCGAGUGUCCCCAAUAUCCUGUAUAUAGUGGGAUAUACAGGCUGUAACCACUGAGGUCUUCCACUCACUUAGGUUUGUGUCUCUUGGUAACUGUUUAGCAAAAUUGCCUCCCAUAACUGUGAUACUCUGUGUCUGCUGCAGUCCACACUAGUGAAAAAAGACAAUGUUUAACUACGUAUAAUUCUUAUUCUCUUUUCUCUCUUGUGUGGGACACCAUCUUACAAUCAAGUAUCCAGACCUAUAACUCUCCUUUUGAGACCCCAAAGCUGUCUUGGACUUGGUUUUGCCCCAAAAUGUGGCCAUAAAGGAAAUAGAAUUCUGGAAAUUUGAUGUAGAUGAGUCUUGUCAGCUGGCUCAGUGCAAACUAUGCUAAUGUGUUUGUUUGAAUAAGACUUUAUUAUACUGAUACUUCCAUUGUGAGGAUCACUAAUCUUGGCUCUGAAUGUAAGAUGGGCCUUGGGACAUUCAUCUUCAGCUUUCUCUAUGAGGGAGCAGGGGAGUCAGACAAGGGCCAUGACAGGCUCCUGGUAGCCCUGCCAGAGACCAGGCCUUAGUUUUGGUUUACUGGAGCUGGCUGGAGCUGAGCAAGCAGUUCUUGGGAAAACCACAACUUAGAGGCAACCAAUCAGCAGCUGCCCCACAGCCUUCUGCUUGCUAAAGAUAGCUUUCCACUACCCUGCUUCUGGGAAGUCCCUAGCUGCUAGAGCCACCUACCAAUCUAUAAACAUUUUGUUUAAACGCACCAAUCAGCCCCCAGACCAAUCUCUCCUCCCUGAAAUUGCCCUAAUGUUGUUUAAAAGGAGCCUGUGAGUUUCUCUCAGGGCCGCCAUUCACCACUUUGUCAGGUGGUUAGAUCCCAAUAUGUUGGUAAUUUUUAAUAAAUGCCCUUGCUAAUCACAUACGUGACUGGUGGUCCUUUAUGGGACUUCUUGCCCCCCCCCCCCAACACUCUACUAGUUAACUCAAAAGACAUUUAGUAAGCACUCCAGCUGAUUGGUACCAAUAAAUCUAAAACGAUUUAUAUUAUGGACAAACAGCAUGUCUUAAGGACAAAUCUAAACUUAAUUUGAUGACAAUAAAUAAAGACAUUCAUUUCCUGGUUAAACAAGCAAACAAACAACUCAACAACAACAACAACAACAACAACAACAACAAAACACACAAUGAUGGCUUUUGUCAAAUCAUUAAUGAAUGUCAAUGCACCCAUGUUCCUUUUUGCAACUUCUGUUAGUGGUGGAUUACCACCACCCCUCCAAUACAAUAUCUGUUCUGGUAAUGGAAAAUUAAGGAGACCUCUUUACAUUCUAAAGAACACCCCUUAGUUAAAAGUACCAGUACAAAAUGGUACUCUUUUAACCUUUAUAAUCAUUUCUGGUUUAGACAUUAAGAUUUUAUAACUUUCAAAGAAGGAAUGGCCCAGCUGAAUAUUACAGGUAGUUGUCAUAUUUUAAGUUUCAAAACAUAGCUAUAUGUUGUGGGGAGUUAGCUUAGUUGUUAUGGAGUUUGCCUUACAAACAUGAGGAACUGAAUUUGAUCCCCAACACCAACAUAAAAA